AUGAACAAGUGUGUUCUAGUGGGACAGGACAAAGUUAAGUCAGAGAAAAUGCCGUCGUUGAUAAAUUAUUUCAUGUUUCUGUGCGGCCUGGUAGCAAAUGCGUCACGGACCGGUGGUUGGAGACUACUGCUUUACAAGAGACUUUGCAUUGUCAACAAAGCAACCUGAAAGGACGAUUUUGGCAGCCUGUGACAUUUGCGUCGCGUCCCGCCUCCAAGGUCUUGGAGGAGUGUCUGCUGCUGCUUGAAGUGUUUCACCGUAGAAAAGGAGAUGCUCUCAGCAUCAUCGAUGGCCCAGCCGACGGGGGAACUGACACUGUGGCUUUUGGAGUAGAGCUGUGAGAGACCCACCAGCCCUUCCACACGUCUCCCUCAGUCGUCCUGCAGGUGGCGACCGCGAUCAAAGAAGGCAGCCAUGCCCCCGCCUGCCGACGUGGUGAAAGUAGCCAUUGAGUGGCCUGGUGCCAAUGCUCAGCUUAUCGAGAUAGACCAGAAAAGACCGCUGGCUUCAAUCAUUCGAGAAGUGUGUGACGGGUGGUCUUUGUCAGGCGCAGAACAGUUUGCUCUGCGGUAUGCUGACGGUCCUCAGCUUUAUAUCACUGAACAGAGUCGUGGGGACAUUAAGAACGGCACCAUCCUUCGCUUAGCCAUUUCUCCUGCUCGUGCUGCUCGUCAGCUGCUGGAGCGAAUCCAGUCCCAUGGGAUUGACGCCCGGCUGGAGGCUCUCAAGGAGCUGGCCAAGCUGUCGGCAGACCCCACGUUUGCUGCGGAGUUCAUCAACAUGGAGGGCAUCGGAACUCUGGCCCGCUUGGUGGAGAGUGGCACACACUUUGGGGAGAUGCUGGCUUUCACCCUGACUGCCUUCCUGGAGCUGAUGGACCACAGCAUCGUGUCCUGGGAUCUUAUCUCGCUGUCCUUCAUCAAGCAGAUUGCAGGAUACGUGAACCAGCCCAUGGUGGACGUGUCCAUUCUACAGCGGUCUCUGGCCAUCCUGGAGAGCAUGGUUCUCAACAGCCACAGUCUCUACCACCGAGUGGCCCAGGAGAUCACCGUGGGACAACUCAUCGGGCACCUGCAAGUGUCAAACCAGGAGAUUCAGACCUACGCCAUCGCACUCAUCAAUGCUCUUUUCCUCAAGGCACCCGAGGACAGACGGCAGGAGGAGUACUACAACCCGCUGGAGCAGCACCUGACUGAAAUGGCGAGCACUUUGGCCCAGAAGCACCUGCGAUCCAUCAUACUUAACCAUAUCGUCAGAGGGAAUCGACCAAUCAAAGCAGAGAUGGCCCAUCAGCUGUAUGUGCUCCAGGUGUUGACCUUCAACCUUUUGGAGGAGCGGAUGAUGACCAAAAUGGACCCCAACGACCAGACUCAGAGAGACGUCAUUUUUGAGCUGCGGAGGAUUGCCUUUGAUGGAGAAAAUGACCCCACUGGUACAGAGAAAAGAAAGGCCUUGUACGCCAAGGAUUAUAAGAUGCUGGGUUUCACGAACCACUUGAACCCUGCAAUGGACUUCACUCAGACUCCUCCUGGGAUGUUGGCUCUGGACAACAUGCUGUACCUGGCCAAGGUCCACCAGGACACGUACAUCCGGAUCGUCCUGGAGAACAGCAGUCGCGAGGACAAGCACGAAUGUCCCUUCGGCCGCUGCGCUAUCGAGCUCACCCGGGUCCUUUGUGAGAUCCUCCAAGUUGGAGAACUGCCCAACGAAGGCUGCAACGACUACCAUCCCAUGUUCUUCACCCAUGACCGGGCGUGGGAGGAGUUCUUCUGUGUCUGCAUUCAGCUGCUGAAUAAGACCUGGAAGGAGAUGAGGGCCACUGCUGAGGACUUCAACAAGGUGAUGCAGGUGGCCCGGGAGCAGAUCACCAGAGCUCUGGCCAUGAAGCCCUCGUCUUUGGACCAACUGAAGAACAAGCUGCGCGGUCUCAGCUACUCUGAGAUACUUCGGCUCCGACAGUCGGAGAGAAUGAGCCAGGAUGACUUUCAGUCCCCGCCCAUCAUCGAGCUGCGCGAGAGAAUCCAGCCGGAGAUUCUGGAGCUCAUUAAGCAGCAACGACUCAAUCGGCUGUGUGAGGGCAGCUGUUUCCGGAAAGUGGGGAACCGCCGCAGGCAAGAGAAGUUUUGGUUCUGCAGACUCUCUUUGAACCACAAAGUGCUGCACUAUGGGGACCUGGACGAAUCACCUCAGGGUGAAGUGCCUUUGGAGAUGCUCAGCGACAAGAUCCCGGUCUGUGACAUCAAGUCUGUGGUGACCGGGAAGGACUGCCCUCAUAUGAAGGAGAAAAGUGCUCUGAAACAAAACAAGGAGGUGCUGGAGUUGGCCUUCUCCGUCCUUUAUGAUCCUGAUGAGACGCUCAACUUUGUUGCACCAAACAAGUAUGAGUACUGCGUCUGGACAGACGGCCUGUGUGCGCUGCUGGGCAGAGAGAUGGGCAGCGACUUGACCCGCAGCGACCUGGACACGCUCAUCAGCAUGGAGAUGAAGCUCCGCCUCCUGGACCUGGAGAACAUCACCAUCCCGGAGGCCCCGCCCCCUGUUCCCAAGGAGCCCAGCUCGUACAACUUCACGUACAAUUACAGCUGAGAUGUUUGAUUGUAAAGGUCAAGAAUGUGCGUGUGUGCUGCAUUCUUAAGUGCUUUACUUUCCGGGACUAUAGAGCGCACCAGUGUUUAAGCCACACCCACUAAACCUUCGAAUAAAUAAAUAUGUUUACGUAUAUUAACCGCACCAGACUUUAAGCCGCAGAUAUUUACCGGUACGAAAUAUUUUAUAAAUGUUUAUUUACAUACCUUAAUUGUUUCCAAACGGUGUCUGUAACACAGCAGUAAAAUGGUUGAUCAGACAAAGCAGAAGUCAUUGUCAUGAACCCACUAGCUACAGAAGCUAGCUCUCCAAUAAUCUAAACAGACUCAAUAACUCCACGGUGACGCUUUGUUGAAUUUACCGAGGAAUUUGUGAAACUGAAACAAUACAAAAAGUAAACGUGUUAGCAUAUCAGCUAUCUGCUUGAUUACAUUACGAUAGCACGUACUAUUAGCCAGAAAACACUCCUACAGACAUCACACAUGGGACGAUUUAGUAAGUAAGAAUUGCUUUAGUUAUAUUGUAAAACUUACAAACCUUGCUGGGAGCGAUGAAUUGAGAAUCCAUACGAGCAGAAAUGCCACGAACGGUUAUACUUUUGGUUCGAAGCACGAAACAGGAAGUCCAUUUUUAACGGCCGGCACCUGCAUCCAAAACAAAAACACCUCUUCAGCUUCCUUCUUUAAUGAAAACUAUUUGUCGAGUACAAAACAUUAUGGCCGUCAGCGAAGAAAAAACAGUAAAUUAGCCGCACUCUUUUAUAAGCCGCAGGAUUCAAAGCGUGGGGGAAAAAAAUGUAGCGACCUAUAGUCCGGAAAAUACGGUAGUUUCUUUUAAACUUGCUUUUUUUUGUGCUUACAAUGCUUUUUAUGACUCGUCCGCAUCAUCUGUGCCGAGUGCGCGUGUGGGCGUGUUCCACACUUUUAUCUCCACUUUCCACCUCAUUUUACUAUUAUUAUUAUUAUUUA